UAUUAUCUAUAUUCUAUAAUCUUAUAUUACAAACCACACGAACCUCUAACUCUAACAUAAGAUUUCAUUUCAUUCUGUGUGUGUAAAUCCAUAGUAACAGAAAUGCUCUUUCUCUAACUCAACUCAAUCAUCACAGACAUAAAAGUUCCAAACAACCUCGCUACUACAAAAACCUUAAACAUUAAAAACAUGGAAAACUCUGUUUCUUCUCUCUCCCAACAUUUCCCUCCAAACCACAAAUCCAAAAAUAUCUUCCAAGUCUUCAACUUUAAACCUUCCUCAAAAACCCCAUCAUCAUUCAAAACAACCCAUCAUAAUCAAAAUCAAAGAAACCUAACCAAAUUCACCACCCCAAAAAACAAUAACAAAAAAACCAUAAAAAAACCAUUUGCAGAAGAAGAUGCAUUCCCAUGUUCUUUACCACUCCACAACAAAAAUCCAAUUUCCAUUUACAAAGACAUCAAAAACUUUGCACGACAAAACAAACUCAAAGAAGCUCUCACUAUUUUGGAUUACGUUGACCAACAGGGUAUUCCAGUCAACGCCACCACUUUUUCUUCUCUCAUUGCUGCUUGCAUCCGCACAAAUUCACUCUUAAUUGGAAAACAAGUUCAUACCCAUAUUAGAAUCAAUGGGCUUGAAAAAAAUACAUUUUUGCUCACAAAACUUGUUCAAAUGUACACUUCAUGUGGGUCUUUAGAAGAUGCAUUGAAGCUGUUUGAUGAGUUGCCUUGUGAGAAUAGUGUGUAUCCUUGGAAUGCUUUGUUAAGAGGGACUGUGGUUUUUGGGGGUAGGAAAAGACAAUACAUUGAUGUGCUUAAGACUUAUACAAAGAUGAGGGAAUUAGGGGUUGAGUUGAAUGUUUAUAGUUUUUCUAGUGUUAUCAAGAGUUUCGCCGCUGCUCCUGCUUUUUAUCAAGGAUUGAAGACUCAUGCACUUUUGAUUAAGAAUGGUUUGGUUGAUAGUGACAUUCUUAGGACUUGUUUGAUUGAUUUGUAUUUUAAAUGUGGUAAGGUUAGGCUUGCCCGACGUGUGUUUGAGGAAAUUCCUGAGGGGGAGAGGGAUGUUGUUGUUUGGGGAACUAUGCUUUCUGGUUUUUCACACAAUAGGUUGCAGAGGGAAGUGUUGGAGUAUGUGAAAUGGAUGGUGGAUGAAGGGAUAUAUCCGAAUUCGGUUAUAAUGACAAUUGUUAUUCCUGUAAUUGGCGAAGUUUGUAACAGGAGGUUAGGUAAGGAGGUUCAUGCUUAUGUAGUGAAAACAAAAUCGUACUCAGAGAAAGUGCCGGUUCAAUCUGCUUUGAUCGAUAUGUAUUGCAAGUGCGGGGAUUUGAUUUCGGCGAGGAGUGUUUUUUAUAGCUCGCCAGAUAGAAAUGUAGUUUGUUGGACAGCUCUUAUGUCAGGCUAUGCCUCUGUUGGCAGACUAGAGCAGGCACUGAGGUCUAUAAUUUGGAUGCAGCAAGAAGGAUUUAGGCCUGAUGUGGUGACCGUUGCUACAGUUCUUCCAAUCUGUGCUCAGUUGAGGGCUUUGGAACAAGGGAAACAGAUUCAUGCUUAUGCUUUAAAACAUUGGUUUCUUCCUAACGUAUCUCUAUCUUCUUCGUUGACGGUAAUGUAUUCAAAGUGUGGCGUAGUUGAGUAUUCUGCAAGAUUGUUCAAGGACAUGGAGCAAAGGAAUGUGAUUUCAUGGACAGCCAUGAUUGAUUCGUACGUAGAAAAUGGUUAUCUGUAUGAAGCACUCAGUGUGAUAAGGGCAAUGCAGUUGUCAAAACAUCGACCGGACACGAUUGCCAUGACAAAGAUGUUGAGUGUUUGCGGUGACCUAAAACUUUUAAAGCUUGGGAAGGAGAUUCAUGGACAGAUCUUGAAAAGGGAUUUAGCUUCAGUCCAUUUUGUUUCUGCAGAACUUAUCAAUAUGUAUGGAAUUUUAGGAGAUGUUGAUAAGGCAAAGUUGAUCUUUAAUGCAGUACCUGUUAAAGGUUCAAUGACAUGGACUUCUCUUAUAAGGGCCUAUGGAAACAAUGAACUUUAUCAAGGUGCAAUUGAUCUUUUUGAUCAGAUGAGAUCAGAUGGGUUUUCUCCAAACCCCUUCACAUUUGAAGCCAUUCUAUCUGUAUGUGAAAGAGCUGGAUUUGUCAAUGAUGCUAGUAAAAUCUUCAAUUUAAUGCCUAAGUAUAAAAUUGAAGCUUCUAAGGAACAUUUUGCUAUAAUGGUCCGACUUCUUACUCAAUGUGGUCAACUAGAGAAAGCUCAGAGAUUUGAACAAAUGAGUUCUUUCUUAUAGUAAAGGCAAGACCGCAUUUUCCCUUUGAAUGGUUUGUAGAUUAUCAAACAUUCAAACUCACACAUGUAACUUUUGGUUUAUAAAAUUUGAGUAGUAAUUUAUUUGUAAUCAUUCUUUCAGCAAAAUGAAUCUUAUCAGAUUUAACUUGAGUGGUUGCUCAAUUUCAUGUGCAUUGAACAUCUCAGCUCAAGUCCUGUUGGUAAAAUAUGCAGAAAUGUUUAUUAAAA